CGCAUCAGCUGUUGACACUUAUGAGUUUUGCUUUGGGAAAUUGACUCUCCAAGAUUCAUCUAAAACCCUGGCUAAUACGUCUGUUUCCAGAGAGCUUUUGUCAUACUGUGCUCUGCUUUGAUGGGAAAUAAAUUGAAUAGCAGUUUGUGAAGAGCUGGCUUUGUUAUUCAAAUCUGACUGAGUUAAAAUGAAACAUUCCUGGAAACAUUCUGCAUUCCUUCUGCAUCUAUUCUUUUGGGGAUAUAUUGCACCUUCCUUUGUCCAGGUGAACCAUGGCAUAAAAGUUCCCAAGGGUCAGUCUGUGUUUCUUUCCGAGGAGGACCUACAGUUCAACAUUCCAAAGGAGAAGGACAGCUGCAAAGUGGAGGUGGUUAUGAAUGAGCCAAUCACUCAACGAGUUGGGAAGCUUACCCCCCAGGUUUUUGAUUGCCAUUUCCUAGCCAAUGAAGUGAAAUAUACUCACAACGGUUGUCCAAUUCUGGAUGAAGACCAAGUCAUGCUGAGACUUUACAGGUUUACAGAGACAGAAACUUUCACAGAAACAUUCAAUCUUAAGGUUCGCUUACUUGAUUCAGACUGUAACAUCAUCCAUCUGGGUUCAACGCCAUUGGAGGUUCCUGAGUUUUACGGUUUAUCCAAUGCAAUCGAUAAGAACGUGCUCACAUUUGCCUACGAUACGGUGAUGAAUCUUGAUUGUACUGUGCGGGUGGCCACUCAGGAAACUUUACUCCCAGCGUAUGGACAAAUUGUCAUGGGGCAGCUUCCGAAGGAACAGGUUUGGGGCGACCAGCCACACAGCUUUUUACGCAUCAGGAAGAAAUCCAAAUUGGGACUGGAGCCAGGCCAGGGCGAUUUGAAGGAGGUUCGCACUUUUAAAGUGAACUGUGAAGAGUUCCUUAGAAUGGGUCUUCGCUAUCAUCAUCUCAGUCCUCCUUCUCCUGAUGUUGACUACAUCACUAUUAGCUUGGAACUUGUUGACAGCAGAAGCAAAAAUGUGCACAAGACAGAGAAUGCCUGGAUUCCAGUCAGAAUCAGGAAUGCUUUUUCCAAUCAGCCUCCUAAAGCGAGCUUUAUAGCUAUGUUCAUCUUGGAAGUGGAUCAAUUUAUUCUGACACCCUUAACCACACGUACCCUGGAUGGUGAAGACAGCGAAAACCCCAAAGCCCAACUUGUGUUCAACAUCACCAAGCCACCUCCGCAGGGUUUUAUUACUCAUUUAGCAGAUCACACCAAAUCAAUCACAUCAUUCACCUGGACUGACCUGAAUGAGGUGUUAAUUGCAUACCAACCCCCAAACUGCAGUCACACUGAGAGGAGAAACUAUGAGGUAGAAUUUGAAGUUCAUGAUCUCUACUUCAGGAACAGUGCCCCAAUCAUGGUGCAUAUCUCGAUAAGGACAGCUGAUACCAAUGCUCCCAGAAUUUCCUGGAACAUGGGACUUGAUCUAUUGGAAGGACAAUCUCGACCUAUCACUUGGGAGCAGUUUCAGGUAGUCGAUAAUGAUGACCUUACUGCAGUUCGCUUGGUUACUGUGGACGGCUUACAACAUGGACGACUUACAGUAAGAGGUGGAAAAGGUUUUAUGUUUACAGUCAAUGAUAUUAAGUCUGGUGUUGUUCGUUACCAUCAUGAUGAUAGUGACUCCACAAGCGACUUCGUUGUAUUUAGAGUUUUUGAUGGUCGUCAUAGUAUCCGGCACAAAUUCCCCAUCAACAUCCUGCCUAAAGAUGACAGCCCUCCUUUCCUUAUCAACAAUGUUAUCUUCGAGCUGUGUGAGGACCAAGAAAUACUGAUUGAGAAGUUUAUGCUUCAAGCUUCAGACAUGGACUCAAGUGAUGAUCACAUCCUUUUCAAAAUCAUCAAAAGUCCGCAGGCUGGAGAAAUUAUGAAAAGAACAGCUCCUGAACUAACAGGUUAUCCCAUCACUAGGUUCUUACAGAGAGAUCUCUUCAAUGCUAUGAUCUAUUACCGUCACUUGGGAGGUGAAGUAUUUGAAGAUUCCUUUGAGUUUAUCCUGUCCGAUAGCCAUGACCCACCAAACUUCUCUGAGCCUCAGGUUGUAAUUGUUCACAUUACACCAGUGGAUGAUCAACUUCCCAAAGAAGCACCAGGAGUUGUGCGCCAUCUUGUUGUCAAGGAGACUGAGAUAGCUUAUCUGACAAAGAACCAGUUGCACUUCACAGAUGCAGAGUCACCAGAUAGAGAGAUCAUAUAUACAAUAACAACUCCGCCAUUCUUUACUUCAAUACUUGGCAUGUCUGAUGCUGGGAAACUGUUUCUGACAGACAGUAUGAAGAAAUUGAUUAAAGAAUCCAGUGUCCCGAUGCUGAGAUCAUUCACACAGCAUGCUGUCAAUUACCUGAAAGUGGCUUACAUGCCUCCUAUGCAGGAUAUAGGACCAGAUCCACUGCACCUUCAGUUUCUCUUUUCAGUCAGCAAUCAACAUGGUGGCACUUUAAUUGGCUUUUGCUUCAAUAUUACAAUUCUCCCGGUCGACAAUCAAGCUCCAGAGAUACUCACAAAGCAAUUGAAAGUUGAGGAAGGGGGAAAAGGGCAGAUUACUGUGGACCACGUGUUAGUGACGGAUGUCGACACCAAGGAGGACCAUAUCAGGGUCAUGCUUCAAAAGAAACCAGUGCAUGGAGUGGUAGAAAUGGAUGGAGUUCCUAUGAUUGAAGGGAACAUGUUCACCCUGGAAGACCUCAGACAAUUCAAAAUUAGGUACAAUCAUGAUGACUCUGAGACAAUGCACGAUGAUGUCAUCUUUUCAGCGAUGGAUGGCUCAAAUUCAGCUGAAAGUGUUCUAGAAAUAAAGGUAUUGCCAGUGAAUGAUGAACCUCCAGCAAUGAAGCCUGGCCUGAGCUCCAUGUUGUAUUGCCUUGAAGGGGAAGAAGUCACUAUUACAGCAGAGAAUCUCUAUGCCACUGACAUUGAUAGCGACGAUGAAAAGCUGAUGUUCAUGAUUGCAAGGCAACCAUUUAAUGGGGUGGUACAGAAGGGCAGCCAGAUUGUUGACCACUUUUCUCAGGCAGAUAUCAUUGCUGGAACAGUGACGUACAUACACACUGGUGGUGAAGUGGGUUUAGCACCCUGUUUUGACACCAUUACUUUUGUUAUCUCGGAUUGGGAUGGAAGUACACUGGAAGGCUGCUGCUACAAGGAAUCACUUCCCCCUCCAUUACCCAUGCACGAAUCUCUCCCUGUGUAUGAUCUCAACAUUACUGUAAUUCCCAUCAACAACCAGCCGCCGAGAAUUAUCAUUGGUGAAACAUUCAUUGUUGAUGAAGGGUCAUCAGCUGCCAUUACAAUUGACCAUUUGUGUGCUGGUGAUCCAGAUACUGCCAUUGAUGAAUUGACUUUUGUUCUGUGGUCCCCACCCCAGUUUGGAUACAUAGAGAACACAUUGCCUUCACCAGGCUAUGAGAAGAGUAAUAUCGGCAUCAGCAUAGAUUCCUUUGAUCUGAAGCACAUGAAAGAUUUGCACAUCAACUAUGUUCAGUCUCGACAUCAGCAGAUGGAACCAACAGCAGAUCAGUUCAUGCUCUAUGUCACUGAUGGGGAGCAUCAGUCCCUGGAGGUGCCAUUUUAUGUUAUAAUCCGACCUACAAAUGAUGAAACUCCAAGUUUCCUUGCCAGGAAUAUCACUGUAUCUGAAGGUCAAAUGCGUGAAUUGGAUCCAUCAAUAAUCAAUGUGGUAGACCUAGAUGUGCCACCAGACAGCCUGAUGUUUACUAUAAGCCAGGAACCCUACCAUGGAAGGAUCAUGAAUGGAAUGUAUGGGAAUGAUGAUGUUCAGCACAAACGACUCACCCACAGUCAUGACCAGCUCCCUGUGUAUGACUUCACGAUGGACCAGCUGAAACAUGGAAUGAAGUUGAUGUAUAUGCAUGAUGACUCUGAAACUGUGGCAGACAGCUUCACCAUUCAGCUGUCAGAUGGCAAGCACAAAGUCCACAAAGUCAUUUCAGUCGUGAUUCUUCCACUGAACGAUGAACAACCGUUACUGAGCAGGAACAAUGGACUGAAGGUGGAGAUUGGAGAUAGCAAAAUCAUCUCGAGUGUAGUCCUGGAAGCUGAAGAUAAAGACAGUUCAAGACAGCAUGUGUAUUAUGUGAUAGAAAAUGCUCCCAAUCAGGGAGUGCUCCAGCUCAAGGAAGGCAGGGACUGGCUGCCCCUGCACCUUGGCAUGAACUGCAGUCAAGAUGACAUCGAUAUGAACCGACUGAGAUAUGUGCACACUGGAUCAAUUGGGUCAAAAGGUCAAGACAGUUUUAAUUUCCGCCUAUCAGAUGGUGAUAACAGAUCUUCAGUGCACCGCUUCCAAAUCUCCAUUCAGAACAUUGAAAAGGGUGAAAUUGUUAUUUUACUAAAACCACUCACCAUCAUCAAGGGAGACAGAGGCACUUUGACAACAGCCGUCCUUCUUGCUUCUGAUGGUACAAACAAACCUGAGGAGCUGCUUUAUGUCUUAACAGUGCCACCAAAGUAUGGACAAGUAGAAUAUAUCAACUACCCUGGAGUGGCAAUAACCAGUUUCAGCCAGAUGGAUGUGGCAGCUCAGACAGUUUCUUAUACUCACAAAAGCAAGGCAGCAGCUACGAGAGAUUCAUUGAGAUUCAUUGUCAGCAAUGGGCUGUCCACAAGAAACGGAAGUCUAGAGAUCAUCAUUGAGAACAUUGAUCGCAUCCUGCCCACACUGUCGAACAACAGAGGGAUUCGAUUGGUUGAAGGCUCCAUGAAGUCCAUUUCUCCAGAGGUGCUACAGUUAUCUGACCCUGAUACUCCCCCACAGAACCUUACGUACAUCAUUGCACAGCAUCCACAGUUCGGCCAACUAUACCACAAAGGGAUUGUACUUCGUCAGCACAACUUCACGCAGUUGGAUGUUGACAACAUGGAUGUAGCAUACAAACAUGAUGGAGGAGAUUCGCAGAUUGACAGGUUUACCUUUAUUGUCACUGAUAUGACCAAUCACGGCUUUCUGGUCAAUGGAAAAUUGCAUACUGAGCCAUCUGUAUUCACAAUUGAGGUGGACCAUGUGGACAAGGCUGCCCCAAGAAUAGUUUACCUACAGUGCCCAUCAAAAGUCGAAGUGUUAAAAAACAGCAAGUAUGGAAUCUACAUCUCUUCUCGAGACUUGAAAGCAUCAGACAGCAAUAGCAAAGACGAAGAACUGAUUUUCCAUAUUUUACGUGCUCCACAUUUUGGUUACUUGGAAAACAUCACUACUGGAGGAUUCAUUCGCAAUAAGUUCACACAGAAAGACCUGAACAGCAAGAGCAUCAUUUACAUUAUAAGAUCUUCAUCAGAAGUAACAUCGGACAGUUUGGAGUUUCAGGUUUCAGAUUCCACAGGAAACUCAGCUAUUCCUCAAAUACUUGAUCUCAAAUGGUCUCAUAUAGAAAUGGUAGAAUCAGAGUACCAGGUCUGUGAAGAUGUAGGAUUGUUCUCUGUGAAAGUCAUGAGGACUGGAUACUCCAUGGAUUCUUCUUAUAUUGGCAUAAAGGUCAAUAGCAUUUCAGCCUCUGUUGGAAAGGAUUUUACUCACAGUUCUGCCAACCUUAUCCAGUUUGAUCCAGGUGUAUCAGUAAAGAAUUGGAAUAUAGUAAUUAUCAAUGAUGGUUUAGAAGAAAAUAAAGAAACAUUUGAAGUGUUACUUGCAUCGCCAGUGAAUGCAGUUCUUGGUGCUAAGACAAAAACAUUGAUCAAAAUCAUUGAUGCAAGAGGAGAUCGCUGCAGCCUUACAGCUUCUAAUGAUAGAAGUGAAGACAAUCCACCAGUCAAAGUGCUGAGAGGGAGACUGACUUCGGGUUCCACAGCCCUCUCAAACCUUAAAAGUGACCCGAGCCAGGUGGCAGAAAUGCCAAUUACUAACUUGCAUGAAGAGGUGGAACAGUCCCAAGGGGAUGCACCGCAAGAGUUCCCUCAAAAAUCUCUUCCCAAGAAGAAACUGAGGGUGACUGGAAAUGGAAAAAUGAUUAACCCAUCAUCUACAUUCAGAAAUGGAACUGACCUUAUAUUUAUGUACCAUGGAUUAAUAUCACUGAAGGUUGAGGAUGACCACAAUCCCUCAAUGUCCAAUAAAAGAGCAAAAAUACUGGUUACCAGCCACGGUCAACAGCAUUUUCCUGGCAGGAUAGAGCUUCCACAGAGUGAUAAAGUAAUGGCAAUGCCAGCAUCACAACAUCUUCCUGGAAAACAGGAGCUGAGUGCUAAAAAAUGUCCUUUUGGAUGGACCUACCAUGAUAAUAGAUGUUAUUAUCUGAACACUAAACACAAGGCAACCUGGACUGGAGCAGCCCGGGCCUGCAAGGAAAUGCACCAUGGCAACCUUGUGAGCGUCAUUUCAAAACAGGACAUGGAAUGGCUGUGGGAUUUCAGUGGAAGACGUCCCUUCUGGAUUGGUCUCAAUGAUAGGAUCAGUCCAGGAAAAUGGGAUUGGGCUGGGGGAGAACAUGUGUCCUUCACAAAUUGGAAACAAGGUCCCCCUCCUGCUUCGAGGAAAAAAGGCAAGAACUGUGUUCUCGUGAGGAGAAGAGGAAAGUGGCAGGUUAAAAAUUGCAAGCGGGGCAAGCCACAUUACUACAUGUGCUCCGUUCGUUAAUAAAUACAAGAAUAUUCACAUUGAGAUCAAUAUGUACAUAUUGUAUUUGCAAUAUUUAUUUACAAUAUUUGGAAGUGCACCAAUAACACUUUUUAUCUUUCUUUGCCCAUUCUUACUAGUCAUUGCAUGAAUCUUUGUGAAGUUGUGGCAAAAUGUGGAACUGGGUCUCUUCAGUUAGAAGGAAGAGUUUCAGAUAGUCAUAACUAACCACAAUGUGACUAACUACAGUGUGAACUUCACAGCAAUUAUUAACAGUUUGAAGUUUUACUAAAUCAAAUGUGACAUUAACCAAGUGAACUUAUUAAGUAUUUGACCAUAACACUAUUUUAUACUCAUUUAGGCAAGGUAGACUUAAGUUUCUAAAAUAAAGAGAACCAUCAUAGAUUGUAAAAUAAACCAGGGGUUAAAUAGGGGAGUACUCGUUAUGGGUGCACAAUGUCCACACAAUGAGAACAAUCUGCGAUCAAUUCCUGAGGUUGGAGAAGUGCAUGAUUUUGGGCUUUAAACUUCAUCAUAAUAUAGACAGUGCUAAGGUAAAAGCCUGCACAGAUUCGUGCCUCAAUUCCCAGAUAAGAGGUUAGGUUGGAAGGAAAGAAUUUGGAGGAGAAAUGGAUGAGCCUCAGAGUCCAUGAUUGGGAUUCAGUGAUGGAUUUAGUAGGAAGAUUGCAAGCCACAGGAGUAUGAUUAGGGGGGUCAAGAGAAUUCUCACGAGGAGAUAUUAGAACAGGUGACCAAAAAACUUGGUUAAAGACUAGAUUUUAAUAUAGGAAGAGGAGAAAUUAAGCAGAGAGGUUGACCGAGUUAGUUUCAGAGUUACGGGCCUAGGCACUGAAAACGCAGCCUCUAAUUGAGCGAAUAAUUUCAAAGAUAAGCAGAAGGCCAGAAUUGCAGUACAGAGGUCUGUGGGGUUAUAGGGCUGGAGGAGGUUAGAGGUAGGUAGGGCCAAGCCAUGGAGGGAUCUGAAAACAAAGAUGAGAAUUUUAAAACCUUCCAAUGAAAGAACUAUUGGGUCAUUUUAAUCCCAAAGAACAGGUAGGCUUGUGUAAGGUGGGAAGUACACUUUUUGUUACAAAAGACGUACAAAAACAAGGAAGUCAUAGUGAACCUUUAGAAAAUCCAUAAUAUGAUCUUAGUUUUGUUUGUUUUACCACCACUCAAGUUGUAAACCAACAUUAGACUUAAUUCUUAGGUUUUAAUUUAUGCACCAUGUAUUUAUCUGCUAUAAUAAGACAGCAUAGUCUUUGAUCACCAACAAAGAGUAAUUACACCUUUCCAUUUUGGUACCCUACACCAUUUAAAUGGAAUGCUUUAAAACUACUUCUGCAGUAACUGAAAUAUGCAGUAGAUUGCUUACAUUUCUGAACAGCAUUGAUUUAGUUUAAUGUGGUACUCUGCAAAUGUUCAAUGAAGUAGUCAUUUUGUGAAAGACAACAUAUUUCAUCCAUUUUAAACUAAAUGCUUCAGGAAAUUAUGUUUCUCAAACCUCCAUCACAAUCGGAUUUUUGCUUUCAUCCUUUUCCCCACAUUCAUAUAUGCGAUAAUUGUAAGAAUAAGCCAUUGUUGCUUAAUUCUGCGAGCUUCACUAUUACUAGAUACUGGAGGGUGAUUCCAUAAUCUACACACAUUAUAGGGGGCACUAUUCAAAGAGAGUGCAUCUUGGAAACUUUUGGGUGUGCAACAUGUUACGGUUUGUCUAUUAAUUUCAAUAAAUAGUAAAUCAGA